GAAACACCCAUUUUACUACCACUUCCUUCUCACCACCGCUCACCACCAUGGCCAUCGACACCCUCCGUCGAUUUUUUCUUCCGUGUUUCUUCUCUUCCAAGCAGCAACCCACCGUCCCUUUCUCCGACCACCAUCUGCAGACCAAGAACCGUCCCUCCUCCCCGGCGUCGUCAACGUCCUCCUCCACCGCCACCUCGGCUGCCCCGCCCCGUCCCUCGAAGUCGAUGGUGAUCGGCACCAUCUUCGGGAACCGCCGCGGGCACGUCUGGUUCUGCGUGCAGCACGACCGGCUUUCCGCCAAGCCCUUGCUCCUCCUUGAGCUGCCUCUCUCCACCGACCAUCUCGUACGCGAAAUGCGCAACGGCCUCGUGCGCAUCGCGCUCGAGUGCUCCGACGCCGCCACGUGUCCCCUCCGCUCCGUCCCCCUCUGGACCGCAUUCUGCAACGGCAAGAAGACAGGCUUCGCCGCGCGCCGCCGGGCCGGAGACCGCGUCCGCUCCAUCCUCCGCACCAUGCAGUGCGUAUCCGUCGGUGCCGGCGUCAUCCCCUCCGGCUUCUCCUCCGACACCUCUGAGGAACUCAUGUACAUGCGCGCCAACUUCGAACACGUCGUCGGCAACGCUGACUCCGAGUCCUUCCACCUCAUCAACCCCGACGAGUGCCCCGGCCAAGAACUCAGCGUUUUCUUGCUCCGAUCCCGACUCGCCGCCAUCCGCUGAGUCCGCAACGAGUCGAACAUCUUUCCGUUUCGGAGCUUUAUUUAUUUUUCGGUACAGAAAAAAAAGAAAGAAAAAGAAGUAUGACAGAAACACCUCUUGGAAAGUAUAGUUUUUCUUUUUUUCAGGGUCAUUCCAGAAAGUUAUUGGUUUUCUUGAAAUUCCGUCGGAUAUUGAUAUCUUCCCGCAAAUGUUGUAUGGGUGACCAUUGUACAUUUUGCCGUGUUAAUUUAUUGAAGUUAAUGACAACAUCUUUCAAAGGAUAUAUUUCCACAAAAAUAUAGGAAUUAAGAUCAAGCUUCUCUCUGAUUAUGAACUUAAGAAAGAAGUUUAUUUGUUGAUCAUACAUCACAACUAUUAGUGAUACUAGUUUAGUGGUUUUCUUGAUUUUGGACGAGUUAUCUUUUUUAUUUUUACUUCUAAGAUCUGAGUCUUGUAAAAAAAAUGGUUUUUUUAAGAGGAAGGUGAUGGGGGUGACUGUUGUAAUUGUUGCCCAUGUGAGUUCUGUGUAGAGCUGAUGGGUUUUUCUAGGACUAAUCUCAUCGCCAUUACUGUACUCUUUUUCGCAUUUGUCUAUAAUAAUAAUAAUAAUGUAACAGGGUUAAACAGGAAUGGUCUAGGAAUCUUUGCUAUUUUGUUUAUGCUCCAGAAUUAUGAAUUUAUUACCAUAUCAGCUUUGAUUCACUGCGAUUUCUUCCCAUUAUUAUAUAAAUCUGCGGUUCCGGAGCUUUUUCGUGAGAUUCAUUACUUGUUUAGCAUGGUAUCUUACCCAAAAUGUAAUAUAGUUUUUCUCCAGAAUUUGGAAUAUUUGAUGGUACUGGUCAUUAUAAAACUGUGUAAAUUGCUUGCUUUCUGGCUACCAAUUGAAUAUAUUUUAGCUUUUUCCUAUCUUCUUGUAUAAUUUUUCCAUGUUGAGUCAUUCCAAAUUUCUAUUAUUUUACAAGCCAGCACUGGUAUAACAUACUGUAAUGUAAUGUUAGAAUACCAGCUAAGCUCCUACGGUGUGCUGGAUAGGUGUGCUAGAUGGGGUCGUAGUUGAACCAUUCUUUUUCGUUGUACCUAUGAUUUGAAGAUGGUGGCACACUAGUUUGGUGUCCACAAAUCACUUUUUCAUUCGAACCUUCUUCAGGAGAUCUUAAUAAGAAUGAUAUGCAAUUAAGAACUAGUCCUUUUCAGGAAUUUUACCAUCAACAUUUCUUUCUUCUAAUCUUUAAUGAAGAAAGAACUUUAGCAAUCAUUGAUGCAAUUCCAGCACAACAAACGAUACUUAGUUUAACUAAAAGUUCAUAGAAAUUUACAGCUAUG